CAGAAGCAGGGCUCUGCGCUAAAGGUGGCCGCAGCGAUCUGCCAGGGUGCCGCUCUCCUUAGCCUUCCGCAGCCGCGUGGGGCUGGGAGUGCGCCACGAGAUCAGAACCCCAGGAGCCCACGUGUGAAGGGUCCUGUGGGCACUGACAUCCAACGUACUCAUGCCCAUUUCCUGUAAUGGACAGACUUGAUGCUAAUGUGAGUUCCAACGAGGGUUUCGGGUCUGUGGAGAAGGUCGUACUGCUCACGUUCUUCGCAAUGGUUAUCCUGAUGGCCAUCCUGGGCAACCUGCUGGUGAUGGUUGCUGUGUGCAGGGACAGGCAGCUCAGGAAAAUAAAAACCAAUUAUUUCAUUGUGUCUCUUGCCUUUGCUGAUCUGCUGGUUUCGGUGCUGGUGAUGCCCUUCGGUGCCAUUGAGUUGGUCCAAGACAUCUGGUUUUAUGGGGAGAUGUUUUGCCUGGUCCGGACCUCUCUGGAUGUCCUACUCACCACAGCAUCAAUUUUUCACCUCUGCUGCAUUUCCCUGGAUAGGUAUUAUGCCAUCUGCUGUCAACCUUUGGUUUAUAGAAACAAGAUGACCCCUCUACGCAUCGCAUUAAUGCUGGGAGGCUGCUGGGUCAUUCCCAUGUUUAUAUCUUUUCUCCCCAUAAUGCAAGGCUGGAACAACAUCGGCAUAGUUGAUGUGAUAGAGAAAAGGAAAUUCAACCACAACUCUAACUCUACAUUCUGUGUCUUCAUGGUCAACAAGCCCUAUGCCAUCACCUGCUCUGUGGUGGCCUUCUACAUCCCGUUUCUCCUCAUGGUGCUGGCCUAUUACCGUAUCUAUGUCACUGCUAAGGAGCAUGCCCAGCAGAUCCAGAUGUUACAACGGGCAGGAGCCACCUCUGAAAGCAGGCCCCAGACAGCUGACCAGCACAGCACACAUCGCAUGCGGACAGAGACCAAAGCAGCCAAGACUUUAUGUGUCAUCAUGGGCUGCUUCUGUUUCUGCUGGGCCCCCUUCUUUGUCACCAAUAUUGUGGACCCUUUCAUAGACUACACUGUGCCCGAGAAGGUGUGGACUGCUUUCCUCUGGCUUGGCUAUAUCAAUUCAGGGUUGAACCCUUUUCUCUAUGCCUUCUUGAAUAAGUCUUUCAGACGUGCCUUCCUUAUCAUCCUCUGCUGUGAUGAUGAGCGCUACAAAAGACCCCCCAUUCUGGGCCAGACUGUCCCCUGUUCAACCACAACCAUUAAUGGAUCCACUCAUGUGCUAAGGGAUACAGUGGAAUGUGGUGGCCAAUGGGAGAGUCGGUGUCACCUCACAGCAACUUCUCCUUUGGUGGCUGCUCAGCCCAGUGAUACGUAGGCCCCAGGACAAUGACCUAGAAGACAGCUGUAGCUUGAAAAGAAGCCAGUCCUAAGCUGCUACUUCGGUGUAUGUGGCUGCCCCUGGCACUUUGUUCUCCAAGGCUUUCCAAGAGCAUGAGGCAAUCCACCCUGGACUUCCCGCCACGAUUCUAGCAGGCGGUAUUAGAGGAAGUCAGGGGAGAGAAGGGCUUCCUCCUUAGCUUUCUGUUUCUCAACAUUUUCUCUUCCUGGAGUCUCCACUCUUGCUUGGUGGUCUCUGAAGUCCACGACCCAGUCCCCUUGCUGUCUCCAGUCUGUCUUGUAAAUGUUUACCGUGUUCGAUUUUCAGUUUCCAAACAUGCCUUCUUUGAAGUGUCAUCUUACGGAUACUGUCAAAACAUGUGCCUGUCUUGAUCACACUUCUUGCUUGGUCCUAUUUACCAUAGCUGUGUUUAAACUCUCUACCGUCCUUUCUCUGCUUUCUGCUGUGCACUUGGACCCUUUUGUCCCUUUGUCUAGGUGUAGACGUGCAUCCUUUUGGCCAGUCCUGUGUCAACCAUGGAGCUCUGUUUUCUUUUACCUGUGUUUAGUGCUAAUGUCCUCUUGAGGACAAGCUCCACUCACUUGCCAUUGGAGACACAGAAGAGAGAUCUGUCAGUAGAAAAUGGUCUCUGCAGAAACCCUGGAGGGAAGUCAAAGACAGUUUCCCCCAGUGCCAGGACCAGAUCUAUCUCAUCUGAGAGAUUUGAUUUUCCUUUCAGCAUAGAUAGAACACCUAAAGAGCCUUAGGCGGGGCUGGUGUCAUCAUUAAGAGAUGCUCAGAUUUUCCUAUGAGCUUGUGGUGAAACCCACAGUAGCAGCUCGAAACCUCAGACUAUGGCUUUGCUGCUUCCAAUGGACAGAACCAAUGGAUGCUCACCUUGUGGAGCCUUGAUACCCUUGCUAUCUUUCAGAUGGAGAACUACAGAGUCCAGAAACGCUAGUAAUGAAAAAAACAGUAUCUGACUCCAAGUCAGAGGACCCAAAUGUCAGCCCAGACCCUGCUUCUAAAAUGCUGUGAGACCAUGAACGAUGUCUUUCCAUCUAUGAAUUUCACUUUCUAUGUUGCCAAACGAAACUUGGAGUAGGGGAGUCUUUAAGAUUUCUUUCCAUUUCUAAGACAAUAGGAUGCUGCUAUAGCCUGCCAUCUGCUACCUCGAAAACUCAUGGCCUGCCUACCUGUUGGCAUUGUUUCAAAGGAAUGGCCCUACUGAUUUGGGCAUUCUAGACUUCUGACUUGGUCAUCUGUGCCCUUACAGUGAACCUGGUGUCUUUUACUCAAAGCAGAGUCCAUGGUUUGUCCCAACUACCAGAGAGAAAAGGUCCUCAGCAAGGGAAGCACCACUUCUCAGAAACAGGUGACAGUUCAGCUUUCACCUUGACUGUGGUUUGAUUCCAUUUCAGGACCAUGCACUGCACCAUUCUCUUAAGCUUCUCAUGGAGUGGUACUUGCUAUUCCUGUCAGCAUUGACUUUCAUUCUGGAACUGAACUUGGCAGGAAAAGAGACUUUGGAAUGAGGAAGAGAAGAUUGCCAAAACCAGUCAAAUGCCAAAAAAGAAUUCUCUGUUAUGUGAAGACUUAAGUUCUCUUGAGCGCAAGCCUUAGCAAAAGGAAGUAGACCCUGAGAGAGAACUUCUAUAUGUUGCUGAGAAAAAAAAAAAAAAAAGAUCUGCGCUAAGAAAUAUUGCAUGCUGAGAUGGUUCACGCCAAAACUGACCCAGUGAGUGGUUCUCACUGGAGGCCUCUUCUUGUCAACCAUGAAGAGAGUUGCAUUACCUUGCAUACUGACUCUGUAGCAGGAUCAGUCCACUUUGAUUUGCAAGUGGUUGGUUCCCUGCCAUGGAUAGGUUCAGCCCUCAUUUGGAGGCAAGCAGUGUUUUGAGGUUGGUUCUUCUCUAACACAAAAGAUGAGAGGCAACCAAUUUGCCUCAGCUGACCAAAUGCCCAGCCUCUCAAUGAACAUAGUGGUGAGUGAGUGACUCAAGCACUGAGUCAAUGAUGGACUGACAAGUGGAUGGAACUGAAAGCUGGAUGGUGUGAGCCUCAGAAACGCUUCCGUGUACUCCAUAACUGUUGAUGGGGAGAGAAAUUAUGUUUAUGGAAACAUUUUACAAACCAUAAAAUGACAGCUCAUAUGCUUGUUAUGAUUAUGGGUAUUUUGAAUUACUGUAGAUGUGCUUAAGCUCUCAAGACCAUUUUAUUUUUCACUACAGAAUGAGAUCAGUUUAGAAUGAGCUUUCUGUGUUAGAAACAAAACCCAAGAGCAGCCCUUGAGUACCAACAUGCCCCUGGGUACUCCUCCUCGUUAUUUGGUCCUCAUUGAUUACUCAGCACACAUAUUUCUACACCACCCUCCAUUUAAAUGAUUUCUUUGUUCUCAGAGUGGUGAAUAGAGAAAGAGACUGUGGGCAAGUUUUGGUAAAAAUGACUCUAAUUUUAUAUGCAAUUUCAUAAUCUCAUGAGCUAAGUUCAUAUACCUGUUUUUCAUAUAAAAAUGUAUCCAAAAAUGUUCCCUGUCCAUAAAAUUAAUUCCCACCUUAUAAAUAAGAUAUAUACAUAAUAUAUCUUUAUUUAAUAUAUAACAUAUAUUAAAUUAAAUGUGGAUCAAUGUAUGAAAGGUCAGCUGACAAGAAUGCUAAAUAAUUGGUUACUAAGUUACAGAACAAGGACAGACUCUGACAUUUUCUGACUGAGGGUAGUCUGUGUAAUCAGCUGUUGAUUACAGCAUAAUGUUAUUUUUUUCUAAUACCUUCAUUUUGUUUACAGUUUUUCCAAGCAUAGUCACAAAUGGGGCUACUUGUAACAUUUAUAGUUCAAUGAAGCCACUUGUGUAAUCAAUCCAGUAAGUACAUGUGUGUGUGCUGUUGGGAACAUGAAGCUUAAAUCUUAUGAUUUCAAGGGUUGAUGAGCUCUGAUGAUGGUGUUAUCUUUGGUGUCAUGAACUGGUUGGCCAUAUAUGUGGUUUAUUGAAGCUGAUAGUUUUAAGAUAUGAAUAGCCACGAUUAUUAUCUUGUUUCCAUGCAAAGCAUCUUUGGUUUUAUGAUAGAUCCUUUUUGGACACAGCUUCCUGAAAUAUGUUCUUGGAACAAUCAGGGACCUGCAUAGGUUUUUUUUUUAACUGAUAGAUUAUAUUUAUUGGUAAGGUUUGGACAUAUUACACAUGUUUGUAUGAUUUCAUCUGUACAUAUUUGAAUAAGUUAUACAUUCAGACAAAUCUUGUCAUAAAAGAAAUGAUUGAGUUUUGAGUAUGCAAUAAAAUGCCAAAGAUCU